AUCCUUCCUCACACCAAGAGCUGCUCCACCUAACGGGAAGCAACGACGGCUGCUUAAUCUUUCAUUGGGGAAAAAGGGUGAAAGGCGAGACGAAACCGUAAAAAAAAAAUUGUCUUCGUUAUCCUCUCAGCCUCCAGCCAAAAUGAUCCACAGCCUGUUCCUAAUCAACGCCUCAGGGGACAUUUUCCUGGAGAAGCACUGGAAGAGCGUGGUCAGCCGCUCUGUGUGUGACUACUUCUUUGAGGCACAGGAACGCGCCACCGAGCCGGAGAACGUCCCACCAGUUAUACCCACACCGCAUCACUACCUUAUCAGUGUGCUCAGGCAUCGCAUCUACUUUGUUGCAGUCAUCCAGAGUGAGGUGCCGCCGCUGUUUGUCAUCGAGUUCCUUCACAGAGUCGUCGACACCUUCCAGGACUAUUUCGGAGUGUGUACAGAGGCUGCUAUUAAGGACAAUGUGGUAGUGGUCUAUGAACUCCUGGAGGAGAUGCUGGACAACGGCUUUCCACUGGCCACGGAGUCCAACAUCCUCAAAGAGCUCAUUAAGCCUCCCACCAUCCUCCGCACGAUGGUCAACACCAUCACAGGCAGCACCAACGUUGGUGAACAGCUCCCUACAGGCCAGCUGUCAGUGGUGCCAUGGCGACGCACCGGAGUCAAAUACACCAACAACGAGGCCUAUUUUGACGUGGUGGAGGAGAUUGAUGCUAUCAUCGAUAAAUCAGGCUCCACUAUUACAGCAGAAAUCCAGGGAGUCAUUGAUGCCUGUGUGAAACUGACAGGCAUGCCCGACCUCACUCUCUCUUUCAUGAAUCCUCGGCUGCUGGAUGAUGUCAGCUUCCAUCCGUGUGUUCGGUUCAAGCGCUGGGAAGCUGAGCGGAUCCUCUCCUUCAUCCCCCCCGAUGGAAACUUCCGGUUGCUCUCCUACCACGUCAGCUCUCAGAACCUGGUGGCGAUCCCAGUGUACAUCAAGCACAACAUCACCUUCCGAGAGGGAAGCUCCCAGGGACGUUUUGACUUGACUCUGGGACCCAAACAGACCAUGGGCAAGGCCGUGGAGUCGGUCCUAGUCAGCAGCCAGCUGCCCCGCGGCGUCCUGAACGCCAACCUCAACCCCUCCCAGGGAACAUACACCUUUGACCCAGUCACAAAGAUGUUGAGCUGGGAUGUUGGCAAGAUCAACCCACAGAAGCUUCCCAGCCUGAAAGGCACCAUGAGCCUGCAGGCCGGGGCCUCCAAACCUGACGAGAACCCCACCAUCAACAUCCAGUUAAAGAUCCAACAGAUGGCCAUCUCAGGGCUGAAGGUGAAUCGACUGGACAUGUACGGUGAGAAGUAUAAACCUUUCAAAGGCAUCAAAUACAUGACGAAGGCUGGCAAGUUCCAGGUGCGGACAUAAAGACUACUGCUCUGUGACGACUGGACCAAACCACCAUGACACUGAGGGCUGCUCUGAUGGGGGAAGAAGGGGGGGAGUUGGUACAUUCCCUGUGUACAGUAUAUGCAUUUCAGGAUUUAACAAAUUGGAGGCUCCAUGUAGCAGUUAAGAAUGGACCAUUGCACAUAAAAUACCCUCUGUUGAAGUAUAAGCGUCAAAUGUCCAGCAACCUGGUCAGAGCUUUGAGUGUAAAGAGUUUGGACCAAGAGUAAUAAUGGUGCGUUCCAUUUGAAGUGGGAAUUUCCAAGUUUCAAGUCGGAAAUUUCGACCGUAACGUCCCCCUGAAGUCGGAGAACCUCACAGUACCCCGACCUCAAAAUCCAAGAUAGCUACUCUGUGCAUCAACAUUAGUGAAAGUUGGUAGUAGUAAUAUACAGUUAAUUAGCUCUUCUGUCUUAUUUGUAACUCACUAAAUCAGUCGUACACACAGUAGGCUACUGUCCAUCUAUCUGUGGACAUGAUGUCACGCUGUCCGUAUGCACAAAAAACAGCAUAAUGCGUUGUUAUCAACUGGUAUUACAACGGCUAACCUGGCUAGAGCAAACCCUACUGUGAAAAAAACGGUUAUUCGACUUGUUUUACUGGAACACAGCUCUGACUUCCGAGGUAAAUGGAACGCACCAUAAAGCAUUUCAGUCUCUGUCCAAGCUGAACCGAGGCCCAACCCAACCCAACCCAUCUCAAUUGAUAUUUCUCUUUGGAUGUACUGCUGACAGCAUUUUUCACCGAUCAUUCAGUCUCAAUAUU